GAUCUUGUUUAUAUUAGUUUCUUUUCUUGUUCUUGGUUUGGUUGAAUGUUGGGAAAUGUAUGCGCAUGUUGCCAUAAGUCCUAUUUACAAUACUGUUUGCAAGCGAACUGGUGGCUCCAUAACAUGCUACCAAAAUAAUACUUGGGGCUUUGAUGAAAAGACUCGGAAAUGCUAUUUGGUUCCACAAAAUAAAGAACCUUGCGGAUUUUUCGAUGGAAAAAAAGGAUGUCAGGACUUUUGUAUUAGAAAACAUUAAAAAUUAUACACUUGUGUUGAAAUUAAAAUAAAUAAUUUUUUUUGUAGGGAAC